AUGGGAACUUGCUACAGAUCCGAGAACGUGCGAGGUAAUCGCGCACUGCAUCUGGCGCUGAAGUUCGCUCAUCGAAACUCAACAGCAAUCGUCAAGUCUUUGUUGGACGCUGGAGCAAGAGUUCGGUCUCGUGAUACCGAAGGCUGGAAGGCCAUUCACCAUGCCUUGGUAUCGGAAAACGAAGAGAUUAUGCGGCUUCUUAUUCGCCGAGAGAAAGAGCAAGCACCUGCACUUCUGCAGAAGAAGAUUGACAGCAUUUGUCCCCGCCUGGCUGAAGUGCCCGACUUUUAUUGUGAGAUGCACAUCGAUGUUUCCACGUGGGUUCCUGGUGUCUCUCGCUGGCUGCCAUCGGACACGGUGAAGAUCUGGAAAGCGGCCCAGGAUAUCCGCUUCGAUGUAACCUUAGUGGGCUACGAGAACGGCAAGUGGAACCGAGGAGACUUGUCGUUUUUACUACUAGGUUCUGAUGGGAAGUUCCUGUGUCUGGAUAACGAGGCGGAGACGUGCACUAAUCUGCUGAAGCUUGACACGGAGCUGACGGAGCUCGAUCUCGACGAGAUGGUGCACUUCUUGAUGACCACGUCGAUUGUUACGACCGAUUUCGACGCAUCCAAUGUUGCCUUCGAGAAGAAAUGCGCUUGGUUUUCUUCUACUCCGAUGCUACAAGACAUUGGCUGUUGGAAAGAUACGCGGGUUGUUGACAUGAUCGGUGUGAAGGCAUCGCUUCGCUACCGUAAGCCACACAACCCGAAGCAUCCGCCUCCAAAAUCGAUCGACGAGCGACAAUCGACUGCGUGUAAUGCAGUAUCAUUGUUGACCGAAGUGACUGCAGCUGCAGACCACUAUACCGAGGUGGUGGUUGAUCCCAAAUCCAAUCACGUUGUGUCGCUGGAGCUGGCGAAGGGCGAGGAGGUGGUGUGGAAGUUUUCAACUGAGAAGCGUGACAUCAUCUUUGGUGUUCGCUUUCUCCAAGAGAACAACGGGGAUGAAUGGGACGAAAUCAUUCCUCUCCAACGUACCCAGGCUCAUUUAAAAGAGCAGAGCGGUUCAUUCAAGACUGCCAGCAUAGGCACGCUUGUUGUCACAUGGGACAACUCAUACUCCCUUAUUCGACCGAAGAGGCUGAGGUUUGUAAUAAGCCCCGUAGGAGAAAGAGACUCCCCUGAAAUUGACGACUGGGACAUGAAGACAAAAGUCAAAGAAGAGGAAAUGACAUUUGAAGACUGGUUUGGACUGUCUAUUGAGAGUUUGCCCGUGUCGCUACGUGCUCUGCACCCUCGUCGCUGCAUUAUGGUGCACACUCAGCCAUCAUGCCACAAGAUCACGAAGUUAUUUCCUGCAACUGUCUACAUGAGCGACCAAUUUCCCCUCAGCGUGUCAGAGUUCCUCCCCGUGAUUGAGGUAUUCUCGAAAACUACGAGAGCAUUUGAGAGUGUGCAGGAGUUCUUCUCAGCGGUACGAUGCUGA